AGGGCGGAAAGGAGGAGAUGCAUGAGUGACUUCGUGUCUCCCCAGAGGGUGGAGGCUUUCUGCAAAAGCUUGCAGGUUUCCCCUCGUCUUCUGUUGUUGCUGCGUCAAAUGAUGCGCCGGCGCCUUCCCUAUAAAAGCACCUGUCCCGGGCAGACAUCACUCGCAUCUCACUUUCUCUCUCACACACACACUCAUCCUGUCACACUCCUGAACUCCACACACACACACUUCCCUGUGCAAAGCAAAGGCAUCGGCCCAAUUCAACCGAGGUGAAGGAACCAUGAGUUACUCCAGCGAGAUUUACAGCAGCUCCUAUCGGAAGAUCUUCGGAGAUGCCCCCCGCUCCGGUCGCGUCGGCCUGGGUAGCAGCAGCCCGUCCCGCCUGCACUCCGCGGGAUACCGCAGCAGCCACCGCACCUAUGGUUCCCCCUCAGCGAUCUCCUCCACCACCACCUACCGCCGGACAGCGGCCCCCGGCCGGGUUUUCUCCUCCAUGCCGGACCACGCGGUGGACCUGACCCAGUCCACCGCGGUCACCAACGAGCUCAAGAUCAUCCGCACCAACGAGAAGGAGCAGCUGCAGGGCCUCAACGACCGCUUCGUGUCCUUCAUCGAGAAGGUGCACAACCUGGAGCAGCAAAACAAAAUCCUGGAGGCCGAGGUCACACUGCUGCGCCAGCGCAACAGUGAGCCUUCUCGCCUGCACGAGCUCUACGAGCAGGAGAUCCGCGAGCUGCGAGCGCGCGUGGAGGAGCUGACUCACGAGAAGAGCCAGAUGCACCUGGACUGCGUGCAGAUGAACGACACCCUGGAGCGCAUGAAGGAGAAGUUCGAGGAAGAAAGCAGGCUGCGAGAGGAGGCGGAGAACACCCUGAAGGGCUACCGGAAGGACGUCGACGACGCCACCCUGGCGCGCCUGGAGUUGGAGAAGAAAGUGGAGUCGCUCCUGGAUGAGAUCGCCUUCCUGAGGAAAGUCCACGAGGAGGAGCUGCAGGAGCUCCAGGCUUCACUGCAGGCCACACAGGUGUCAGUGGAGAUGGAUGUGAGCAAACCUGACCUGGCUGCAGCCCUGAAGGACAUCAGGGCCCAGUAUGAGAGCCUGUCAGCUAGGAACCAAUCCCAGGCAGAGGAAUGGUACCGCUCCAAGUUUGCCAGUGUGACUGAGGCGGCUGCCCGCAACCAAGAUGCCAUCAAGCACUCCAAGGAGGAGCUGAGCGAAUACCGCAGACAGGUGCAGGCCCGGACCCUGGAGAUUGAGGCCCUCAGGGGCCACAAUGAAGCUCUGGAGAGGCAGAUUGCAGAGAUGGAAGAUCGCCAUAACAAUGAAAUUGGUGAGAUGCAGGAUACCAUUCAGCAGCUGGAAGGUGCCCUGCGUAGUACGAAAGGAGAAAUGUCUUGUCAUCUACGUGAAUACCAGGACCUACUGAAUGUUAAGAUGGCACUGGAUAUUGAGAUUGCUGCGUACAGGAAGCUGCUGGAAGGCGAGGAGUGUCGCCUCAGCUCUGUCGGCGGCGCAAUGGUCCAGUCUGGCUAUCCCGGCUUUUCCUACAUGUCCGCCCGCACCUACACUCUCGGCGCUUACAGGAAGUCCGGAGCUAAGCCUGAAGAGGAGGAGCAAGAGGAAGCGGAAGAAGAGGAGAAGGAAGAGGACGAGGAGGGAGAAGAGGAGGGUGAGGAGGGAGAAGAUGGCGAGGAGGGAGAGGAGGACGGUGAGGAGGGAGAAGAGGGCGAAGAGGGUGAGGAGGAGGAGGAAGAGGAGGAGGAGAAGCCAAAAGAGAAAGAGGAGAAGAAGAAGGAGAGCCCCACCGGGAAGAACAGCAAGAGCUAAACUGCUUUUGUCAUCACUGUCAUCAAUAACGCAUUCCACGUUCCACGAUCAGUCACCUAUGGAUCUGUUCAUGUUCACAUCAUCUCACACAGACACACACAGACACACACACAUCUGCACAAUCCAGAUGCCUCACACCUGUGUUUUUCAGUCUCUGUUUGCUCUGUAAGUGAUUAGUUCAAUCUUUAUUAGAUGGAAAAGGAGAUUUAGAGACUAGCUAGUACUACAGUAGCAAAAGAGUUCAAAUCACUUCCAUAAAUCUGCUGUAGCUGUCACUACUCUACGUCACAGGAGUACAGAGAAAAGCGCAGGAAGCUAGCACGAUGCCACCGAGUUUCACAAGUCUGAAAAGGGGAAUGAUCCGUCUUUUGACCAAGCAACAGCAAACGUGCCAUUGGUAAUUAAUAUUCACAGUAAGAGCAAUCAAAACCUGUCAGCACACAGACUUUUAAAGAGAAACGCACAGAUCCUGGAGCAUGUGAAACAGCCAGUCCAACUUUACGGUGCUAUUUGAUUUUUACAUUUAAAAGUUGGCGAUUCCUGUAAGUUAAAGAUUUUGUCAUUGAAUGAAGCGUCACCAGCUCAUUCCUGAAUGUCGCCCUGUUAGGCAGGAAAUUUUCUAUCCUGACUGGAAGUCCCAACUCCUCAUUUCACACGGCAGGUGAAUGCUUCCUCUCCUUUCCAUUAGCCGCUGCUUAGUUCUUCAUUUCACCCCCUUUAAUUUUCUCCCUCCUUCUUAACUGCAGCAUAGCACAGUAAUACUGGCAAACCUGGAACCUGGAAAAACAUAAAUGUACAUGGGUGGAAAGGUAGAUUGCUUCAGAGUCGCUGGGUGUGAAAAUGUAGAGUUUCAAUUGCUGCUGUAUAUAUUUUGGGAAUAUAAGUCCUCCCUUUGAUUGAAUCAUUUGUCAUACACUUUAUCUGAUCAUCUCACACACCAGCUUGUUUUCUUUCCCCUCACAUAAACAUGGUGGUGCUUUGGUUUCAUGUAGCUGAAACAGGAAACAAGGUGAAGGUGAGUGUAGGUGUUAGGAGCAGGUAGGUGGUGCUGACGCUGACAGUCCUCAGCCAAGACUGCAAGUGUCUGUUAGAGUAGAUUCUCCUGGGUUUAUGGUUUAUGUAUACAGAGUCACAUAAAAGGGCUAUUUUCCCCAUUACUUCUUCUAUCGCCUUCUGUCACUGUCCUUCAUCAUUUCUCUCCCUUGCUUUUAUUAUUUCUUUAUUGACAAAUGAAUCAACCAACGGAUAUGAAUGCAUGGCCUGAUUCUCGGAGCUUGAAUAUCUGCUGGAUGAGUAGAUUUUUGCUUGUUGUGUGUUCAAUUAAAAAAGAAUUGCCUUAAUCAUAAAUGAAAGUUAAAAGAAACAUGUUUUCACCUGCAGCUCACUUGUUUCUGGGGAAGUAGAGGAGUGCUGACACUUUCCAAACCGUUCUGCUUUACAACUGUGACUGUACGUGCUGCUCUCUCAUGCAGUGAUGUUCCUCUCAAAGCCAAAUAAAGACAUUUAUUAACCAAAAA